UCGCCAUCAUAACCAAGUUGUGGACAAUUUUGUUAUCAAACAGUGGUUUGUAGAAAUAAUCGCUUUUAUUUUCUACUUACAUUAUGGCCAUUGUGGAAGACGAGGUGAGAAAUGAAUCUGAAGAAGAAAAUGAGAUAGAAGUGGUAGAGGAAGAAGACGCAGACCGCGAUUCAGAUGACUCGGAGGAUGAGGAGUAUGAUGAUGUCUUGGAGCAAAAAAUUUCUCAUCUAGAACAACGUAUUGCUGACUGCCCAUUCAAUUAUGAUGACCAUAUUCAGUUGAUACAGGUUUUAUGGGAAUUGUCUGAGUUGGAACGCUGGAGGAGUGCUUAUGAUCGGUUGCAAGAACUGUCAAUGCUGAAGCCUGAACACUGGCUACGUCGAAUGGAGACGGAGGUCACACUAGCACACUCUGAAGAGGCUCGAUCACGUAUUGCUGAACUGUUUCAUCAAGCUACACUGGAUUGUUAUUCCAUCCCAAUUCUGAGCGCAUGGUGCUCAUGGUCAGUCAGCAGCACCGAUACUGCUGUAGCUCGGUCGCAUAUUGACGAGGUGUUGCGUCGUGCUGGAGCUGACCCAUUGUCAGGCAAGAUCUUCUGGGAUGCUAAACUGGAGUUUGAGAAGGCACAGCUGGAGACUAUGAGUGAGGACAAUCCGGACUACAAAGCACAACAGGAGCGCGUACUGUUCUGCCUCGAGGAGGCAGUGUCGAGGCCUCUUCUGCGCAGCGCCGAGGCGUGGCAGCCGCUCGAGGAACUAGCGGCCAGUCUGCACGAUCAGAAAUACAUUGACAAGGUCAGGAAGCAACAUGAGGCUGCACUGGAUUACGUGCAAAAAAUUACUUCAUUUGAGGACAAGCUGCUCACACAAGAAAAUCAGGAAGAGAAAUACAAGUUGUAUCAGGAGUACAUCGACACAGUAAAAGAACUUUCGUACGAUGCCAAAUAUGCAGAGUGUGAUAGUGACGCUAUACUCAAGGUACUCUACGACCGUGCCUCAACGGAAUGCAAUACUUGUUCCGGCCUACAUUCCCUCCUACAGUCGUUCAUACAUCAUGUGCAUCGUUGCUCGUCUCGCACUACGUAUUGUCGAGUACUGGACGCUUGCACCAGGCGAUGCCCGCGCCGGCACACAUUCUGGACCAUGCAGAUGCAACAGGCAGAACGGGAUAAGAAGACUUUUGAUGAGGUGAAAGCGAUAUUCGAGAAGGCGAUAUCAAAGAAUAUGUUAACGUACAACGACGCGGAGAAUCUGUGGCUUACUUACUUGGAGUACGUUCGACGGCAAACCAACUUCGAAUCGGACGAACAAGUGCAGAAACUGAGGCAGACAUUUAGGCUGGCUUGGGACACACUUGCCGAGGCAUGGGGCGAACAGGCGAACGACUGUGAGAUUCCAAUCUACUGGGCGCGUCUCGAAUAUCGUCGCAUGAACGACCCCAAACAGGGCAAAGAGAUCUUCGAGGAAAUAUUCAAAUACGGUGAGAACAAGACCAUGUGCAAGUACUGGGAGAUAUUCAUUCGUAUGGAGUUCGAGCGCAGCCCGCCUCUUCCCGAGAACAAGCGUCGCGAUUUGUAUCGACGUGCGCUUCGAUUCAUAGUGGAUUAUCCUCCCGCUGUGACUCGACCGUGGAGUGAUUACGAACGUGAUUAUGGGUCUCUGGAAACCGCCAAGGAGUGCUAUGAAGCAUGCGAGAUCAAACUGAAGGAAUGGAAGGAGUCGUACCAAGCAAUGAAGGAGAAAAUGUUCGGAAAGAAACAAAAAGGCAAACAGGCAGACAAGAAGGGGAAAUUCGACAAGAAGAAGCAAAAGAGAGAAGAAGAACCACCAAAGAACAAGAAUAAGAGGAAGUCGGGCGAAAGUGUUAAGGCCACUGAGACAAAAAGGAAAAAACAUAAUGAGAUGGAAGUUGAAGAAAGUGAACAGAAGGAAUCUGAACCAGAUCAAUCCGGUAGCGGAGUGAAAAGGACGCACGAGGGAGAUGAUAGCGGAGAGGUUGAUAGCAAGAGAAUAAAGACUGAUGCGACAUCGAGUGAGCGUUCUCUGGGAACACGGGACGCUUGCACACUCUUCGUCAGCAACUUGGAAUUCAAGAUUGACGAGCAGAAGCUGCGUGACAUAUUGUCAAAGUUCGGUGAUAUAGUUUCGUUGAGAGUGAAGAGCGGCAACAAGGCGUUCGGCGGAUCUAUAUGUUACUGCCAAUACAAGACACCUGUUUGCGUAGAAGAGGCACUGAAACACGACCGCACACCAUUAGAAGGGCGGCCGAUGUUCUUCUCACAUUACUCCGCAAAGAAAGUGAAGACAGGAUUCAAAUACUCUACAGAAACGGAGAAGAAUAAACUGUUUAUUAAGAAUUUGCCGUACUCGCACUGCACCAAAGAAUCGCUCGCUGAAAUAUUCGAUAAAUACGGCAAACUUAAGGAUGUUAGAGUGGUUACGUUCAAGGACGGCAAACCCAAAGGUCUCGCGUACGUAGAAUACGAAGACGAAGCGUCCGCGUCGCAAGCGAUAGCGGGCACCAACGGCAUGUUACUGGGCGACCGCCAUAUAGAGGUGGCCGUCAGUCAGCCUCCGCCUAAGGCUGGAUCUAGUGGAACUGUCACCUUAGGGCAGCCUAAACGAGACCAGGGGCAAGGCAUGAGGCGAACGCAGCUCAGCAGUUUCAUCCCAAGCGUGUUACAGAAGCCAGUAGCCAGUACGUCUACAGCAAACGGUCACAGCGGCGACGAAAAGCGACCGCUAUCCAACACAGAUUUCAGGAACUUGCUACUCAAGAAAUAGGCAAGUUGCCCUACCGACUUCAGUGCUCUUAAAAAAGUUAUUUAGGACGAUUACCAGUACUAAAAUAUACCUAUUAAAAAUUUUGGAAGAAAUGGAUAGAACUGUGCAGGAAAUAGACAGUGAUCCGUUUCAUAUUUUCCAUAUUCCAUAAAUAAUUAUAUUGAAUAUCUACUGACCGUUACCAAUAAUGUUAUCCC